AUGACGGGGGCUCGGGAGACACCCCCCGACAGAGGCGGCGGAGGGCGGAAGGUGAAGAUUCCCAAGUAUAGCCGGGGGAGCGCAGCCCCUCCCCACAAACCCAGCCCCGCCGCCACCAUCCCGGAGACCCGAGCGGCCCCCGCGGGCCCCGGCUCCCUCCCCUGGCAGGCACCAGGCGCCCCCUCCUGCCAGAACCCCCAGGACCCCCACCACAGAGGUGCCAGAACAGGGGGCGCCCUCGUCCUGUCCCAGGACCAGUCCCAAGCACCACAGCAUCGCAUGCACUCGGCCAGCAGGAGGCUCUGCCCAGACCUGGGGCCCCUGGGCGGGCAGGGGCAGAGAGCAGGGGGCAGACGGCAUGGCCAGCAACACCUGGAGGAGGGUGUCGGGGUUCAUCCUGGGGCCCAGAGAGCGUGUGCAUCCUGGACCCCAUCCUCGCCCCACGUCCUUUCGGCGCAGAGGCCAGCGGGUGUCCCUCCAGCUGGACACCCACCUUCUGGCGGGGCUCUCCGUGUGAGCGGGAGGGGCCGCCGGGCAGGGCUGGGUCUCGGGCUCCCCCUCGUGGCCAUCCUGCGCCACUGCACGACCUGCCAGCCCCGCCCCAGCCAGGUGGGCUCUGGGGCAGGUGCACAGCCUCUCCUCCUAGGAAGUGAAAGUCGGCCCAUCCUCAGCGCCACAGACACAGGGACCCGCGAUGCGCCCGCGCGCGCAGCCGCGCUCUCACGCCCCGCGCUGCAGAGUGUCCCCUGCAGGCCGCAGCCCAGCGCAGGUCUGCGACCCCUCGGACCCCAGACCCAGCGAGGCAAGUACCCCACCCCCGAGGCCGGCCCUCAGAACACGGCCGUCUUGGAACCAGUUCUGGCCCAGGGCCCCUGA